AUGAGACCCAUCCUCUGGGCGCUGGCGCUCGCCCCAUUCACCCUCGCCGUAAAGCAUGAAGACUUCAAAACAUGCGCUCAAUCCUCCUUCUGCCGCCGACUCAAAGGGAUCGCCAAACGCCAGGCCGAAUCCACCUCAACAUUCACAUCGCCAUACUCUGUCUCCCCGCCCACUAUCUCGGACGAUGAAGGGCGGUAUACCUUCCCCAUCACCUCGAGUCUCUACCCAGAGAUCCGGUUCGAGCUCCGUGUGGACGUACUAGCGGAGGGAAACGGGAUCGUCCGGUUGAGAAUGGAUGAAGUAGCGUCGUCGACGGGGCUGCGGCGGUAUAAUGAGACUGCGAGGUGGGCUCUGGUCGAAGCAGAACCGAUGCUGGCGGGGGCAGGCGAUAGCAGUGUCAGGACGGAAAAGGGAAAGACGGUGAUUCGGUAUGGCCCAAAGGAGGCCAAGCUGGAAUUGGAGAUCCAGCAUAGCCCGUUCAAGAUUACCCAGAGCCGCGAGGGACGGGCACAGGUGGUGAUCAAUGAGAAGUCUCUGUUCCAUAUGGAGCAUUUCAGGAAGAAGAAGGAGAAGGUGGAGGCGGUGGUAGGGGAGGCGGAGCAGAUGGUUUUGGGCGGAGAUGGAGUGGAUAGGGCGUGGUUUGAGGAGGAAGAUGAUGAGGCGUUCGAGGAGAGGUUCAGGCAGUGGACGGAUAGCAAGCCUAAGGGCCCCGAAGCUCUGUCGGUAGACAUUACCUUCCCCGGCGUGGAACACAUCUACGGUCUUCCUGAACACGCCUCCCCCCUCUCUUUACCCGACACGGUCGGUCCCCACGCCCACUACUCGGACCCCUACCGGCUCUACAAUGUCGACAUAUUCGAAUACCUCGCCGACUCCCCUAUGGCCCUAUACGGCGCCAUUCCCCUCCUGCACGCGCACUCGGCCUCACACUCUGUCGGGAUCCUCAACCUCGUCGGCUCCGACACCUUCGUAGACGUCGAGCACACCCACACCGGCGUGCACACGCACUGGAUGUCUGAAUCGGGGAUAUUGGACCUACUCCUCCUUCCCGGUCCCCGGCCCAGCGAGCUCUUCAAGCAGAAUGCUAUUCUGACGGGAACGACGGCGCUCCCCCCGCAGUGGAGCACGGCGUACCACCAGUGCCGCUGGAACUAUGUGGACGAGACGGAUGUGAUGGAUGUGCAGAGACGGUUCGAUGAGGUCGAUAUACCGCUCGAUGUGACGUGGCUGGAUAUAGAGCAUGCGGAGGAGCAUCGGUAUUUCGAUUGGGACGCCAAACAUUUCCCGGAUCCGGUGCGGAUGCAAGAGGCGGUCGCUGCCAAGGGGAGAAAGAUGGUAGCGAUCAUCGAUCCGCAUAUCAAAAAGGUAGACUCGUUCAGGAUUUACAGCGAUGCCAAGGAUUUGGAUAUCCUCGUCAAGAAGGCGGAUGGGUCCAACUUUGAAGGAUGGUGCUGGACCGGAAGCAGUGUAUGGGUGGACUUUUUCAAUCCGAACAGCUGGGAUUGGUGGACGCGCAUGUUCUCGUUUGCGACUUGGAAGGAUUCCACGCCAUCGCUCUUCAUCUGGAACGACAUGAACGAGCCAUCCGUGUUCGACGGCCCUGAAAUCUCUGUUCCUAGAGAUACAAUCCACCAUGGCGGGUGGGAGAACCGCGAUGUCCACAAUAUCAACGGGAUGCUCUUCCAUAAUCAAACGACCCAAGCUCUGAUCCAGCGCGAAUCUCCCGCUCAACGACCCUUCGUACUCUCCCGAUCCUUCUUUGCUGGUUCACAGCGAUUCAGCGCUAUCUGGACCGGAGACAAUAUGGGCACCUGGGACCACUUUGCCGGAGAGACUGCUAUGCUCUUAUCGAACAACAUCGCAGGGAUGUCAUUCAGUGGCGCGGACAUCGGCGGCUUCUUCGGCAACCCCUCCCCUGAACUCCUUGUGAGAUGGUAUCAAGCCGGCGCCUUUAUGCCCUUCAUGCGCGCGCACGCCCACCUCGAUACGAAGCGGCGCGAACCGUAUCUUUACCCUGAACCGACGAGGGGCUUGAUCCGGGAUGCAGUUCGGACGAGGUAUGCUCUGCUGGGGGUCUGGUAUAAUGCUUUCCAUGAUGCUUCGACGCAGGGAUGGCCUAUUAUGCGACCGCAGUAUGUCGUCUUCCCGGAAGACAAGGACGGCUUUGCCGUGGACGACCAAUAUUACGUCGGAGGGGAGGGGCUGCUCGUCAAGCCUGUCACGAGAGAAGGCGCCACGACGACCGAGGUCUACAUCGCGGAUGAUCAGCCAUACUACGACUACUUUACCCACAGCCUACACCCUGCUCAGGCCACACCCCACAAUCUCACCCUCUCCACCCCGCUCUCCGCCUACCCCGUCCUGAUCCAAGGCGGCUCGAUCCUUCCUAUCCGACAGAGAAUCCGGCGGUCCAGUCCACUCAUGUGGCAAGACCCAUACACGCUCAUCAUCGCCUUAUCGAAGUCUGGAGAGGCGGAGGGACAGCUGUAUAGCGAUGAUGGGACGGGGUAUGGGUAUGAGGGGGGAGAGUAUGUUUGGCGCCGGUUCUCCCUAUCCCUAUCUGCGAAGGGGAAGGGGAAGAAGGGGGGUAAGGGGAGGAUGUUGAGGUCUGAAAGACAUCCGGACAGCAUGGAGAAGGAGAAGGAGAGGAAUGGGUGGGCUGAGAAGGUGGGACAUGUAGGUGUCGAGCAGGUGGUUGUGCUGGGUCUGGAGGAGGAGCCGAGGGAUGUGAAGGGGGCCAGAGGGGAGAGGGUGGAGUGGAAGUGGGAGGCUGGGGCUGCGGCUGGGGCCAGUGGGAAGGGAGAGGAAGAAAGGGCGAGUAGGCUGGUUUUGAAGAAGCCAGGAGUAGGGAUCGUGGGGGAUUGGCAAAUUGAGAUUAGUUAG